AUGCAGGCAUCGCAGUCGUCAUCCAGCGUGGCGAGCGGGCAAUCGUCUCAUUCGAACGGCAAACCGGCGGACUAUGUCUACUUCGAACGGACAACGGCAGGCUUCUCCGAUGAUGCCGUGCCCCGCGCGAAGGGCGCACAGCUCAAGCUCGAGCACUUCUACAAGGUUGCUGUCGAUGCGGCGAUUGAGCGUAAUCAAAGACGCGUCGAGCUUGAGCGAAAGCUGGCCGCGGACCCCAGCAUGUCCGAUGAGCGCAAGCAGCGCCAGCUGCAACACCUGGGCAAACGGGAGUCGGCUUUCCUCAGGCUGCGGCGGACGAGGCUCGGUCUGGAUGACUUUAAGACGGUAAAAGUCAUUGGCAAGGGUGCAUUCGGAGAGGUCCGCGUAGUGCAAAAGCCGGACACAGGCAAGAUCUACGCCAUGAAGACCUUGCGGAAGGACGAGAUGUUGAAGAAGGACCAGCUUGCACAUGUACGCGCAGAGCGCGACGUACUCGCGGAGUCCAACUCGCCAUGGGUUGUGCAGCUGUACUACUCCUUCCAGGACUCCGCAUAUCUCUACCUGAUUAUGGAGUUCCUACCUGGAGGCGACCUGAUGACCAUGUUGAUCAAGUACGACACUUUCUCGGAAGAUGUGACGCGAUUCUAUAUUGCGGAGUGCGUGCUUGCCAUCGAGGCUGUUCACUCUCUGGGCUUCAUUCAUCGUGAUAUCAAACCGGACAAUAUCCUCAUUGACAAAGAUGGCCACAUCAAACUGUCUGAUUUCGGUCUGUCUACUGGCUUCCACAAACAACACGACAGCAACUACUAUCAGCGCCUGCUGGAGUCCGCCAACGGCGUCGCAUCACCCACUACGCAAGCGCGAAACAGUGUGAUGGUCAAUGCCAUCAAUCUGACCAUGACCAGUAAGGACCAAAUCGCCACUUGGAAGGCUAACCGUAGAAAGCUGGCGUACUCGACUGUCGGUACACCAGACUACAUCGCGCCUGAGAUCUUCCUCCAGAAAGGUUACGGCAACGAGUGCGACUGGUGGUCACUUGGUGCGAUCAUGUUCGAGUGUCUUGUCGGCUACCCACCGUUCUGCUCCGAAUCGACCCAUGAGACGUACCACAAGAUCAUUCAAUGGCAGAACUACUUGAUGUUCCCCGACGAUGUUCACCUGAGUCGCGAAGCUGAGGAUAUCAUCCGACGAUUGAUAACGUCUCCGGAUCGUCGUCUGAGCGUGGAUCAGCUCAAGCACCAUCCGUUCUUCUACGGUGUCAACUGGACGGGAAUUAGGAACAUCGACGCUCCCUUUAUCCCUCGUCUCCGUUCCAUCACCGAUACGUCUUAUUUCCCUACGGACGAGCUCGAGCAGGUGCCAGACGAGCCCGUUGGCGCGGAUACCACUGGCGCAAGCAAGGAUCUGGCAUUCCUUGGCUAUACCUUCAAGCGUUUUUCGAUUUCGUCUCCAGCAUUCUGA